AUGGCUUUAAUAUAAAAUUUGACGUGUGGCAUUUUGACAUGUUACAUUUGACAGUUUUGAUAACGUAUCAAAAAAUCGGAAUGAAUUUAAUUGCAACAUAAACAUAAACGAUGGGUUUUGUCGAAGAUACAUCAAUAAUUUUAAUAUCUCAAGCAUGUUUUUUCACCGGUGGUUGGGUGUUUUUCGUGAAACAAUUGUUUCGAGAUUAUGAGAUCCAUCAUUUAAUUGUACAAUUGAUUUUCUCAAUUACGUUGGCGUUAUCAUGUACAAUGUUUGAGUUGAUUAUUUUCGAAAUUGUUGGAUUUAUGGACACAAGUUCAAGGUACUUUCAUUGGAAUUUAGGACUAUAUUUAUUAUUAUUCAUGGUAAUAGCGUUAAUACCAUUUUAUAUCGCAUAUUUUUGCAUAAAUAAUAUUCGUAAUAUAAAAAAAGAAACAGCGAAAAUAUUAACAAUAGCUGUAUGGUUUGUAUUUAUAUUUAUUUUUUGGAAAAUUGGUGAACCAUUUCCAAUAUUGAGUCCAAAGCAGGGUAUAUUUUCUAUAGAGCAAUGCAUUUCUAGAAUCGGUGUUAUUGGUGUAACAGUUAUGGCUGUUUUAUCUGGAUUUGGUGCUGUUAAUUAUCCAUAUACGUCUAUGGCCUACUUUAUUAGGAAUGUAUCGGAAAGCGAUGUAUUAAGUAUUGAAAAGAAAUUAAUGCAUACAAUGGAUAUGAUUUUAGUGAAGAAAAAACGAAUUGCAUUAGCAAAAAAGAAAUCAUUAACAACAAAUAAAGAACAUUUAAAUAAAAAAUCUGGAUUAUGGAAUAUGCUUUCAUCAGUCACUGUAAGUCGUGGCAAUGAUGAAAAUAUACAUCAACUAAGAUUAGAAAUAUCUGGUCUAGAAGAGUUAAGUCGUCAAUUAUUUUUAGAAGUACACGAUACUAGAAAUAUGUUAGAAAAAAUUGAAUGGUCAAAAACAUUUCAAGGGAAAUAUUUUAAUUUUGUUGGAUACUUUUUCUCACUUUAUUGUUUGUGGAAAAUUUUUAUUUGUGUAAUUAAUAUUGUUUUUGAUCGUGUUGGUAAAAAAGAUCCGGUCACAAGAGGUAUUGAAAUUGCUGUACAUUGGAUGGGAUUCGAUAUUGAUGUUAAUUUUUGGUCACAGCAUAUUUCAUUCUUUUUAGUGGGUUGUAUUGUUGUUACGUCGAUACGAGGCCUUUUGUUGACUUUAACGAAGUUUUUCUAUAAAUUAUCAUCGAGUAAAAGUUCGAAUAUAAUUGUAUUAAUAUUAGCUGAAAUAAUGGGCAUGUAUUUUGUAUCGUCCGUUCUAUUAAUGCGCAUGAACAUGCCAGCUGAAUAUCGUAUAAUAAUUACACAAGUGUUAGGUGAUUUACAAUUUAAUUUUUACCAUCGUUGGUUUGAUGUUAUAUUUUUGGUUAGUGCCUUAACAAGUAUUGUUACGUUAUAUUUAGCGCAUAAACAACCGAUUUUUGAACAAGUAUAACGCAAUAUGCAAUCAAUUAUUGUUCAAUAGUUCGAGUCACUGAAACAACAGUGUAUCAAUAAUCGUUAUUGAUCAUGUAAGCGAAAAUAGGGAAAUCACUUUAAACAUUACACAAUGGAAUAUCGGUAUGAGCCAUAGACCAUCAGUUAGUUCAGUGUAGACAGCUGGGUAUAAUAUAUCCAUAGAUAAUAAGUAUGUAUAUUU